UAGACAAGCUGGAGACAUGGUUCCUCUGGCCUCUCUGGGUCCAGCUCUGACACCCUGCUCUCUUGCCUCUGCUCACCUACAGCUAUCCAGCAAACCCCGGCCAUGAGCGUCACCGACACUGCACAUUAUCCCUUGGAUCUGGAGAGUGUCUCGUCUCAGGCCCAGGACUGCCUUGGACUCCCUUUGCCGGCUCCGAGAACCUCCUCCUGGCCUCCGUCCCCGCAAGAGGAUCCCAGUUUGCCUUCCUUUCCUCGGGAAGAGCCUGGCCCCAAGCCCCUGGUCCCAGGAGACCUUCCAUUUCCAGCCUUGUCCCUAGAGGAAGAAGAGGAGGAAGAGGAUGAGGACGGUGAAGACCUGGCGGAGCCCGAGGGGCUGCGCAGCGAGGAGCAUCCGAGCCAGUUUUUCGCGGAGGCGCAGCGGCUGCGGGAGCAGAAGUUGUUGCUAGACGAAGAGGUGUCCGUCGCCGGGCGGGUAUACGGGGUGCAUCGCGUGAUCCUGGCCGCAGUCAGCAGCCUCUUCCGAGGCAGGCUGCUGGGCUGCGGAGGUUCGCGGACCCCCUUCAGCCUCGAUGUGGCCCCGGGGGGCUGGGAGGCCGUGCUGACCUUUGCCUACGAGGGGGUGCUGGGCCCCGCCCCGCGGGGGGAUGUGCUGGCCGCAGCCGAGGUGCUCGGAGCGCCCCGGGUGAAGGCCGCUGCCCUGCGGAGACGCGAGGAGGCUGGGAACGCCGGGCAAGAUGAAAAGAAGCCGAGCCAGGCAGAGGAGCUAAGGGAGAACCUGCGCGGCAUUGAGCUCCUGUACCGAGAAGGCGUCGGCUGUGAUCUGAAGCUGGAAGCAGGCGGCUGCCAGCUGCGGGUGCACCGAGCAGCCCUGGCCUGUGGCAGUGAGUUCUUUGGGGCCAUGCUCCUGAGCGGGAUGAGGGAAUCCCAGGGCACGGAGGUGUCUCUACGAACCAUCUCUACCCAGGACCUACGACUCCUCGUCUCUUUUGCCUACUCCGGGGUUGUGCGGGCAAGGUGGCCAGGACUGCUGAGAGCUGCCCAGGCUGCUCUGCAGUACCAGAGCUCUUCCUGCCUGGAUCUGUGUCAGAAAGCCUUGGCACGGGGCCUCAGCCCGGCCCGUUGCCUGGCCCUCUUCCCCAUGGCUGAAGCCCCGGGGUUGGAGAGGCUCUGGAACAAAGCGCGUCACUACCUCCUGACUCACCUGCCCGCUGUGGCUUUGUGCCCCACUUUCCCUUCUUUACCAGCUGCCUGCCUGGCUGAGCUGCUGGAUAGCGAUGAGCUCCAUGUCCAGGAGGAGUUUGAGGCCUUCGUGGCUGCAAGGAGUUGGCUGGCUGCCAACCCUGAGACUCAAGAGUCAGAUGCCAAGGCCCUGCUGCGAUGUGUCCGUUUUGGCCGAAUGUCCACCAGGGAGUUGCGGAGGGUGCGGGCAGCCGGGCUACCCCCAUCCCUGUCCCCAGACCUGCUGCACCAGCUGUUGGUAGAGGCUGAUGUUCCAGGCCAAGAGAGGCGGAGGGAGCCUGACCAGGCACUGGUGGUGAUUGGCGGGGAUGAACUCAGAUCGGACAUGGCCCUAAGACAGCCAUCCGGAAGAGUGUGGUGGGCCCGGGCCUUCCGCUGUGGCAUGGGACUGGUACGAACCGUGGAGUGGGGGUGGCUGCCUGCCCUGCCUGCCCCAGGGCGCUUCCGGCAUGGGGCUGCAAGCCUGGCAGGAAGUGAACUCUAUGUGUGUGGGGGACAGGAUUUUUAUGGCCACUCCAACACCCUGGCUUCAACUCUCAGGUGGGAGCCAACUCAAGAGGACUGGGAGGAGAUGGCACCUUUGUGCCAGGCUCGGAGCUUUUUCCCCCUGGUGGCUCUGGAUGGACAGCUUUAUGCCCUGGGUGGAAGAGACAAUGGUGUUGCCCUCAGCUCUGUGGAGACCUAUAACCCUGAGCUCAAUGUUUGGAGGCCAGCACCUGCACUUCCAGCACCAUGCUAUGCCCAUGCAGCUGCCAUUUUGGAGGGCCGGUUGUAUGUGAGCGGUGGCUGCAGUGGAACUGGCCAAUACCUGGCCUCAUUGCUACACUAUGACCCCAAAGUUGAGAAGCCAGGGACACUUCUGAGCCCUAUGGGGAUACCUCGGGCUGGCCAUGUCAUGGCUGCUCUGGGUGGGCGGUUGUAUGUGGCAGGUGGGCUAGGUGAGACUGGGGACCUGCUGAGCUUUGAGGCCUAUGAACCAAAGACUGAUAGCUGGACUCAGCUGGCACCCCUGCCCUCCCCCCACGUGGGGGCUGCAGGUGCUGUGCUGCAGGGGGAGCUCCUGGUGCUGGGGGGCUACAGUCACCGUACUUACGCCCUCUCCCACCUUAUCCAUGCCUACUGUCCUGGCCUGGGCCGAUGGCUCUGCCUGGGAACUCUGCCGAAGCCUCGGGCUGAGAUGCCUGCCUGCAUCCUGACACUGCCCACUGUGCAGCACAUCGCUUUGGUUCCCACCGUGCACCAAACCAAACCUGCUGGGUGAAGGGGGAGCAGCAGUGUAGCAGGGGAGGAAGGGAUGAGCAAUAUCAUGAGAGAAGGACAGAGAUUACGGGAAGAGGGAAAGAAGGCUUCAUCCUGAUAGUAUUUUAUUCUCAGACAGUACUUUAUAGCUUAUAAGCUGCUUUUGUAUAUAUGAUCUCCACUGAGGAAAAGGUAGUUCCAGAACUCUUGGGGAAAGGGCACUGGGGAAGGGGGGGCAG